GGGCGGAAGUGGGGAGCAGGAAGCGCCGUACAGCUGUGCUACGUGGCUAACGGAGAAGCUAACAGGCUAACCUCCGCGGUGACAAUAUCCGGGACCCCGUUCACCAAACAAGACGCCUCGACAGCCGCUUUGACACUUUUAAUCUAAGAUGGGGAAAGGUGGAGGUACAUUUGAGCGCCUCCUGGACAAAGCCACUAGUCAGCUGCUGCUGGAGACUGACUGGGAAUCCAUCUUGCAGAUCUGUGAUCUCAUUCGACAAGGAGACGCACAAGCUAAGUAUGCUAUCGGGGCCAUUAAGAAGAAGUUGAAUGACAAAAAUCCCCAUGUGGCCCUCUAUGCUCUCGAGGUCCUGGAGUCGGUGGUGAAGAACUGUGGCCAGACAGUCCACGACGAGGUGGCGAGUAAGCAAACCAUGGAGGAACUGAAGGAUUUACUCAAGACGGAACCAAAUGUCCGAAACAAGAUCCUGUACCUGAUCCAAGCCUGGGCUCAUGCCUUCCGCAACGAACCCAAAUACAAGGUGGUCCAAGACACGUAUCAGAUUAUGAAAGUGGAAGGUCAUGAGUUCCCAGAGUUCAAGGAGAGCGAUGCCAUGUUUGCAGCCGAGAGAGCCCCUGACUGGGUGGAUGCUGAGGAGUGCCACCGGUGCAGAGUCCAGUUUGGAGUCAUGACAAGAAAGCACCAUUGUCGAGCCUGCGGCCAGAUUUUCUGUGGCAAAUGUUCGUCGAAGUACUCCACCAUUCCGAAGUUUGGCAUUGAGAAGGAAGUCCGCGUGUGCGAGCCCUGCUUUGAGCUGCUUAACAACCACCCCUCCCUCUCUCCUCCCCUUAGGAAAGCCGAGGGGAAAGCCCCCACCCCGGGCCCCGCCGAGCUGCCUCCCGAGUACCUGACCAGCCCGCUUUCACAACAGUCCCAGGUAGAAAUGCCUCCCAAGAGAGAUGAGGCAGCCCUGCAGGAGGAAGAGGAGCUGCAGCUGGCCAUUGCCCUUUCUCAAAGCGAGGCCGAGGAGAAGGAGCGCAUGCGGCAUAAGAACUCCUACUCAAUGUAUCCCAAGGCUGAUCCCACUCCAGUGACCUCCUCAGCUCCACCAGUCAGCACGCUUUACACCCCUCCUGUGAACUCCUCUGCUCCGUCAGCUGAAGAUGUCGACCCUGAGCUGGCACGCUACCUGAACAGAACCUACUGGGAGAAGAAGCAGGAAGAGGCUCGCAAGAGUCCCACCCCCUCGGCCCCGGCCCCAGUGCCAUUGGCUGAGCCGCCUCCGCCGGUCAGUCUGCCCGUAGAAAGUCAUGUGCCUGUCCAGCCGGUCAGCAUAGUGGAGCAGCAGUACCAGAACGGCGAGUCGGAGGAGAACCACGAGCAAUUUCUGAAGGCGCUGCAGAACUCCGUCACCACCUUCCUCAACCGCAUGAAAAGCAACCACAUGCGCGGGCGCAGCAUCACCAACGACAGCGCCGUGCUCUCGCUCUUCCAGUCCAUCAACAACAUGCAUCCGCAGCUGUUGGACAUCCUCAACCAGCUGGACGAGAAGCGAUUGUACUACGAGGGGCUGCAGGACAAGUUGGCUCAGGUGCGCGACGCCCGGGCCGCCCUCAACGCACUUCGGGACGAACACAGGGAAAAGCUGCGUCGCGCCACGGAGGAAGCGGAGAGACAGAGGCACAUCCAGCUGGCGCAGAAACUGGAGAUCAUGCGGCAGAAGAAACAGGAGUACCUGGAGAUGCAGAGGCAGUUGGCCAUCCAGCGUCUCCAGGAGCAGGAGAAGGAGAGGCAGAUGCGUCUGGAGCAGCAGAAGCACACAAUCCAGAUGAGAGCCCAGAUGCCUGCUUUCUCUUUGCCCUAUGCUCAGAUGCAGUCUUUGCCCCCCAAUGUGGCUGGGGGGGUGGUGUACCAGCCUGGCGCUCCACCCAGCUACCCGGGUACUUUCAGCCCGGCUGGGUCUGUGGAGGGUUCGCCUAUGCACAACAUCUAUAUGAACCAGCCUGGGCAGACUGCACCACCCCAGUACCAGGCCAUGCCCACUGCUGCUCCAGAUCCCAACAUGGUAAACGCAUACAUGUACCAGGCAGCAGGCACUAACGGGCAUCCCGCACCCCCUCCUGGUCAGACUCCGCCCACAACUAGUCCACCCUACUCCAACUAUCAGCCCACACCCACACAGGGAUACCAGAAUGUGGCCUCUCAGGCCCAGAGUAUGCCCCCCAUGCCCCAGCCUGCCCCCACUAACGGUAUGGCUUACAUGGGCUACCAGCCAUACAGCAUGCAGAACAUGAUUUCAGCAUUGCCGGGACAGGACCCCAAUAUACCGCCACAGCAGCAAUACAUGCCAGGCCAGCCACCUAUGUACCAACAGGUGGCUCCCUCUGGUGGCCCGCAGCAGCAGCAGCAGCAACAACAACAACAGCAGCAGCAGCAGCAGCAGCAUCAGCAUCAGCAUCAUCAGCAGCAGCAGGUCCCUCAGGCUGUUCCCGGCAGCGUAGAGGCACAGCUCAUCUCCUUCGAUUGAAAACCUACACGCUGCAGAGUUUGACACACUACACCCUCCCUCCUCUUUUGGUCUUUCCUCCCUCUCUCCGCCCUCUGGAUACACACACACACACACUUCCCACCUUCCAUCUUGCUGUGAUGUUGUGGCAAUGUCGAAUAUUGUGAUGAUGUUGAGGGACAGUCGCUCUCUUUGCCUCACUCCCACUUAAGUAUGGGAACAAGGGGUGAACCAGCAAGAGCGGUCCCCCACAACCCUUUCAUCAUCAUCAUCCUCCUCCUUUCCAGCUGAUAUGUAUGUAGUACUUCUUGACUAAAAGUAAUAUAAUGUCCGAAAUAGUCAGUGGCAUUAUAGAAAAAAUGGAUAAGAAAUUUGCUAGUUGAGAACAACAGAAGACAAAACAUAACCAUCCUUUGUCUCAUAUUUUUCUAAAGCAAAAUCUGCAUGUUUAAAGUUUAAUUUUUUUUCUGCGAUGGAAGCUAAUUGCUGCAACAUAUCCCCCUGUUUGGGCAGUGAUUGAGACACAUCUUAACAAGCUGUUUGACAGAUUGUGGAUGUGAAGAUGAAACAUGAUGUCUAGGGAGAGUAAGCUGUAGGCUCCCUUCCUCCUCACGCGCACACAAACUGGAGUUGUCUUGGUUUGUUGUGCACUGCUAUAGAUUAAGUAUCUAUAUGUAGUUUCUCUCUAGCUUUUUCAGGGUUGGGACAUUGUGGAAGGGGCGUUCAAUCCUUAAUAAAUAAUAUUUCUUAUGUUUAUUAAUUGAAAUGACACAGCUAGUGACCAUUUAAACAAAUGAAAGCCGUACAGCAGCUCCAGUAGCAGCUCUGCAUCGCUUUAUAAAAAUGAUUUGUGUUGCUUAUAAUAGUACUACAACAAGAAGAAACUGGAGAAAAAAAAAACCUGCCUUCACUUUAACCUACAAUGAACUGCGAAUGACCUGCGGGCGUCUUCACCGGGGCGGUGAUUGUCCCAGAGAACGGCUACGUAGGGAAUAACGGUGGGGGCUCUUUUCUGUACAUGGCUCUGCAGAAAUGUGGAAAUGCUUGCAGAGCGAACAUUAUGUGCCGCAUGUUUGUAUCACGCUCCCAAUCAGUGAUUUCUGUAACCCUUCAGUUGUCAUCUGUGAACUUCUUUAUUCCAUCAUACUGAUCUGUCUAACUUUAAAAGUAAUUUUAAAAUUAUAUUUAAAUAAAUAUCUGGUUCUUAAUGUUGA